AUGCUGAUGAUUUCGAUAAUCUGCCUCCACUGGGCAACAUGUCUGGAGUUGUACAUACCCCUGGCAGCUGGGAGAGUCGCCUGGGAGAGCUCCACUUCCCGAUCAUGGCUGUCCUCCGACUACAUGAAGAAGAGAGACACGAUUGUCAAGAGAUACAUCAGCUCAUUAAAUCGCGCGACAACCGCACUGAUGAGCUCCAGUCAUUACCUCCACGUCAAUACGACCGAAGACAUUAUUCUUAAUCUACUCCUCACUAUUCUGGGGAGGAUCGGAUUCAUCUAUGUGCUAGCGCAAUUGCUGCAGCUGAUGACGACCUUCGACUCGACAAAAAAACGAAACGUCAGAGAGGUGCAGCAGUUUUACGAGUACAUGAAGUAUAAAGAACUUCCGUACUCCAUUCAGCAUAGAGUCUUCGAGUAUUAUGAGUACUAUCAGAGGAAUAUUGAGAGAAAUAAAAUGAUCAUGUCCCAGGUUUCGCCGAAUUUACGUGAGGUAUCAGCACGAGAACUAUUGCUUCACGAGUAUGAGGAGAUGAUCGCGAAAGUCAAUCUCCUCAGGCAACUGCCCCAGCCCGUCCUCUCCGAGGUGCUGACCCUCAUCAAGAGUGAAAUCUACUUGCCGAACGACCCAAUAGUAAAAUCAGGAAGUCUCGGGGACUCUUUGUUCUACAUACGCUGCGGGACAGUCGCAGUUAUGAAGAAUACGGGAGAAGAAAUCCUCCGACUGUCCAAGGGCUCUCACUUCGGGGAGAUAUCCCUCAUCGCGGAGCAUGAGAGACGUCUCGCGGACGUCAUAGCCCUCGAAUUAUGCGAAAUAUCUGUGUUGAAACGAUCUGACUUUCUCUCGAUUCUCAGCUCCCAUGCGAAUUUGCUGAAUAGAUUGCAGAGACUUGCAUUAACUAGAUUAGAGCGAUAA